GAAAAAACCAAAGUGGUUGAACCCUUGGACUAUGAGAACGUGAUUCUUCAACGCAAAGUUCAGAUCUACAGUGAUCCCCUCCGGGACCUGCUGAUAUUUCCGAUUGAAGAUGUAUCUAUCUCAGUCAUCAGUCGACAGAGAAGGACUGUCCAGUCUACAGUGCCAGAAGAUGCUCUAAAGAAAGCUCAGAGCCUCUUUGUCAAAGAGUGCAUUAAAACCUACAGCUCAGACUGGCACGUGGUAAACUACAAGUAUGAGGAAUACUCAGGAGACUUUCGGAUGUUGCCAUGCAAAUCCUUUAGGCCAGACAAGAUUCCAAGCCAUGUGUUUGAAAUUGAUGAAGACUUUGAAAAGGACGAGGAUUCCUCGUCCCUGUGCUCCCAGAAGGGUGGGGUGAUAAAGCAGGGCUGGCUGCACAAAGCGAAUGUAAAUAGCACCAUCACUGUUACCAUGAAGGUAUUCAAGAGGAGAUAUUUCUACUUGUCACAACUCACAGAUGGCUCCUAUAUCCUUAAUUCCUACAAAGAUGAGAAAAUUUCAAAAGAAUCCAAAGGCUGUAUUUUCUUGGAUGCUUGCAAUGACGUUGUUCAGUGUCCUAAGAUGCGUCGUUAUGCGUUUGAACUGAAGACAAUAGACAAGUACAGCCACUAUCUCGCAGCUGAAACCGAGCAGGAGAUGGAAGAAUGGCUGGUAACUCUGAGAAAGAUCAUUCAGAGCAAUGCUGAGAGUUUGGUGCCAGAGAAGAAAGAUACUGUGGAAUCUGUGCAAGAUGAUGAAUCAAGCACACAGGGAAAAUCAGAGAACAUCCUGGAGAGCCUGGAGAGAAGCAUGCAUCCAGAGCUGAUGAAGUAUGGGAGAGAAACAGAUCAGCUGAACAAACUGAGCAGAAAUGAUGGAAGACAAAACCUCUUUUCAUUCGACCCAGAAGUCCAGAGGCUAGACUUCUCGGGGAUCGAGCCAGAUGUGAAGCCAUUUGAGGAAAAAUGCAGCAGGCGCUUCGUGGUGUGCUGCCAGGACUUCUCCCUCAACCUCCUCGCUCAGCUCAGCGACAGGUCGGAAGGAGGACCCACCAACGUUGAACCUUUUUUCCUAAGCUUGGCAUUAUUUGACCUGAAAAAUAAUUGCAAGAUUUCAGCUGACUUCCAUGUGGACUUGAACCCUCCACCCGUCCGUGACAUGCUGCUGGAUAACUCCGCAUCUGGAGUGGAGGGCACCAAGGGACAUUCACCAGGCGAGAGCCUGGUGCACGGAGUCCCAGAGUCUUGCCUGCGCUACAUAAAACGGGGGGUUUUCUCCGUGACUGACCCACACGUGGAGAUCUUCCUGGUAGCCCGUGUGGAGAAGGUGCUGCAGGGCAGCAUCACGCACUGUGCUGAGCCGUACAUAAAAAACUCGGACCCGGGGAAGACUGCCCAGAAGGUCCAUAAGGUGGCCAAGCAGGUGUGCAGCCGUCUGGGGCAGUACCGGAUGCCCUUCGGCUGGGCUGCCAGACCAGUGUUCAAAGACUCCCAGGGCACUCUCGAUGCUGAAGGAAAAUUCUCACCUCUGUACAAGCAAGACAGCGGCAAACUCUCGAAUGAAGAUAUGCUGAAGCUUUUAGCAGAAUAUAAGAAACCAGAGAAGACAAAAUUACAGGUUAUUCCAGCCCAGUUAAAUAUCGUCAUCAAAGACAUCCCGCCAGACUUCACAAAUUGUGUCACAGCUUCUUAUAUUCCUAUAAAGCCUUUUGAGAAGAGCUGCGAGGACAUUGCAGUUGAAGUGGAGGAGCUUGUCCCAGAAGUUGCAAAAUACUGUUAUCCCUUCACUGUCUACAAAAACCACCUCUACGUCUACCCCUUGCAUCUGAAGUAUGAGAACCAGAAGGUGUUUGCUAAGGCAAGGAAUAUUGCUGUCUGUGUGGAGUUCAGGGAUUCAGAUGAAGCUGAUGCCAGGGCACUAAAGUGUAUAUAUGGGAAACCCGGAGGCCACCUCCUGACUACAAAUGCAUAUGCUUCCGUGCUGCAUCACAACCAGAGUCCGGAGUUCUACGAUGAGAUUAAAAUUGAGCUUCCAAUUCACCUCCAUCAAAAGCAUCAUUUGCUUUUCACCUUCUAUCAUGUCAGCUGUGAAAUUAAUACAAAGGCAACAUCGAAAAAACAGGACACCGUUGAAACUCAAGUGGGAUAUGCCUGGGUCCCAUUGCUGAAGGAUGGACGGAUUGUCACCCUGGAGCGGCAUUUGCCGGUUUCAUCCAACCUUCCACCUGGCUACCUGGGUCACGGGGACACAGAGUCACGAAGGCAGCCCAGCGUGGACGCAAAGUGGGUGGAUGGAGCAAAGCCACUGUUUAAAAUCAGAAUCCAUUUGGAUUCAACCAUUUACACCCAGGACAUGCACUUGCACAAAUUCUUCCAGUACUGCCAGCUGGUUCAGGCGGGAGCUAAGGAAGUCCCAGGAGAGCUUGUUAAAUACCUAAAGUGUUUGCACGCCAUGGAGAUCCAAGUAAUGAUUCAGUUUCUACCUGUAAUUCUUAUGCAACUAUUUAGAGUCCUUACAAAUGUGACCCAGGAAGAUGAAGUAGCUGUCAACUGCACCAUGGUUCUUCUGCACAUCGUGUCCAAGUGCCAUGAAGAAGGUCUAGACCAUUACUUGCGCUCCUUCAUAAAGUACGUCUUUCGAGCUGAGAAACCCAGUGUCACACAGGCAAAGAUGACCCAUGAAAUCCUGGUCCUUUCCAUGGCCACAAUCUUGAAGCAGUCUGCAGAUUUUCUAGCCAUCAAUAAGCUACUCAAGCACUCGUGGUUUUUCUUUGAAGCACUGGCGAAGUCAAUGGCGAUGUACUUACUGGAGGAAAACAAAAUCAAGCUACCCAGAGGCCAGCGGUUCCCCGACUCUUACCAGCACGCCCUGCAUUCGCUGCUGCUCGCCAUCAUUCCUCACGUGACCAUUCGCUACAACGAAAUCCCUGAAGAGUCCAGGAAUGUCAACUUCAGCUUGGCUAACUUCCUGAAGCGUUGUUUGACCUUCAUGGACAGAGGAUUUGUUUUUAACUUGAUAAAUGAUUACAUUUCUGGAUUCAGCCCAAAAGACCCUAAGCUGCUUGUUGAAUACAAGUUUGAAUUUCUUCAAACAAUUUGCAAUCAUGAGCACUACAUUCCUCUGAACUUACCAAUGACCUUUUCCAAACCCAAGCUGCAAAGAGUUCAAGAUGUAAAUCUCGAAUACAGUUUAACUGAUGAAUAUUGCAGGCACCAUUUCCUGGUGGGGAUGCUUCUCAGAGAAGCCUCUGUUGCCUUGCAGGACAACUACGAUAUCAGAUAUACAGCCAUCUCAGUCUUAAAAAAUCUCUUGAUAAAGCAUGCCUUCGACAACAGAUACCAGCACAAGAACCAGCAGGCAAAAAUAGCCCAGCUCUACCUGCCACUGUUCGGGCUGCUGCUGGAGAACCUCCAGCGAGUGGCCAGCCGCGAGGCACUCUACUCCUGCGCAGCCGCUUCCAGCCCCGCAUCCAGGGAUGAAUUCAUGUGUGGUUUUGCAUCCCCCUCAAAUAGAUCCAGCCUGAUUGCAGACAAAGAUCCAGCCUGCGGAGCAGCAUUUCCCAAUGGCCAUGUGAUAAAGCGAGAGGACUCGAAAGGAUCCCUGAACUCAGAGGGGGCAACCAGUUCCCCGGAUCAGAUCGAAAAUAUCCGCAGAAGCUCCACGAGGAGCAGCGUGUCGCACUGCAGCCGCCUGGACCAGUUUGAGAUCCGGACGCUCCUGAUGUGCUACCUCUACAUUGUGAAGAUGAUCUCUGAAGAUACCCUUUUAGCUUAUUGGAACAAAUUCUCCCCCCAAGAGCUGAUCAAUGUCCUUGUGCUUCUGGAGGUGUGUUUAUUUCACUUCAGAUAUGUGGGGAAGAGAAAUAUUGCCAGGGUGCAUGAUGCCUGGUUAUCCAAGCACACAGGACCCGAUAGAAAAUCCCAGACGAUGCCAGCACUCCGCAGCAGAGCUGGGGGGAUGCAGGUGCGGCUCCAGCAUCUGGGCAGCUUGGAGACCUCCUUCACGCUCAACCACAAUGCAGGCACCUCAGAAGCAGACAUUGUGCACCAGGCAUUACUGGAGGGCAAUAUUGCUACCGAAGUGUGCCUGACAGUCCUGGACACCAUCUCUUUCUUCACUCAGAGUUUCAAGACCCAACUUUUAAGCAACGAUGGCCACAAUCCACUCAUGAAGAAGGUUUUUGAUAUUCAUCUGGCUUUUCUCAAAAACGGGCAGUCAGAAGCAGCUCUUAAGCAUGUGUUCGCCUCUCUGAGAGCAUUCAUUAGCAAGUUUCCCUCAGCAUUUUUCAAGGGAAGGGUGAACAUGUGCGCUGCUCUCUGCUACGAGAUCCUGAAGUGCUGCACUUCUAAGGUGUCUUCCACAAGGAAUGAAGCCUCCGCUCUUCUGUAUCUCCUGAUGAGAAAUAACUUUGAGUUCACCAAAAGGAGAACAUUUCUGAGAACACAUCUUCAGAUAAUAAUUGCAGUGAGCCAAUUAAUAGCAGAUGUGGCACUCAGCGGUGGGACAAGGUUUCAGGACUCCUUGCUCAUCAUCAACAACUUUGCAAACAGUGACAGGCCUAUGAAGGCAACUGCUUUUCCUUCUGAAGUCAAAGAUUUGACAAAGAGAAUCCGUACAGUGCUUAUGGCUACCGCUCAAAUGAAAGAACAUGAAAAGGAUCCAGAAAUGUUGAUAGAUCUACAAUACAGUUUAGCCAAAUCUUACGCAAGUACCCCAGAGCUCCGGAAAACAUGGCUGGACAGUAUGGCAAAGAUACAUGUGAAAAACGGAGACUUCUCAGAGGCAGCCAUGUGUUAUGUUCAUGUAGCAGCCCUCGUUGCAGAGUUUCUGCACAGGAAAAAACUCUUCCCCAGUGGAUGCACUGCCUUCAGGAAAAUCACUCCCAACAUCGAUGAAGAAGGUGCAAUGAAAGAAGAUGGUGGGAUGAUGGAUGUACAUUACAGUGAGGAAGUCUUAGUGGAGCUGCUGGAACAGUGUGUAGAUGGCCUGUGGAAAGCAGAGCGUUAUGAAACAAUUUCUGAAGUUUCCAAACUGAUCAUUCCUAUUUAUGAAAAGAGACGUGAAUUUGAGAAACUUACUCAGCUGUACAGAACGCUUCAUGGAGCAUAUGCUAAGAUAUUGGAAGUAAUGCACACGAGGAAGAGGCUUCUUGGAACCUUUUUCAGAGUGGCCUUUUAUGGACAAACCUUCUUUGAAGAAGAAGAUGGGAAGGAAUACAUCUAUAAGGAACCGAAGCUGACAGGCCUCUCAGAGAUCUCCUUCAGACUUCUUAAACUUUAUGGAGAAAAAUUUGGGUCGGAGACUGUAAAAAUUAUCCAGGAUUCUAACAAGGUCAACAUUAAAGACCUUGAUCCUAAGUAUGCCCAUAUUCAAGUGACUUAUGUGAAGCCCUAUUUUGAAGACAAAGAAAUCUCUGAAAGAAAGACGGAAUUUGAACGAAAUCAUAACAUCAACAGAUUUGUAUUUGAAACUCCUUACACUUUAUCUGGAAAAAAGCAUGGCAGUGUGGAAGAACAGUGUAAAAAAAGGACCAUUCUCACUACUUUGAACUCCUUUCCCUAUGUAAAGAAGAGAAUCCCCGUCAAUUAUGAACAUCAGGUUAACUUAAAACCAAUUGACGUCGCUACGGAUGAAAUAAAAGACAAGACAGCAGAGCUGCAGAAACUCUGCUCUGCUGGGGAUGUGGACAUGAUCCAGCUGCAACUCAAAUUGCAAGGCUGUGUUUCUGUGCAGGUUAAUGCUGGUCCCUUGGCCUAUGCCAGAGCUUUCUUAAGUGACAGCCAGUCCAGCAAAUAUCCUACGAAGAAGGUGAAUGAAUUAAAAGAAAUGUUCAGGAAGUUUAUACAAGCCUGUGGAAUUGCUCUGGAGCUCAACGAGCGACUCAUUAAGGAGGAUCAAGUGGAGUACCAUGAGGGGCUAAAGUCAAAUUUUCGGGAUAUGGUGAAGGAGCUUUCUGACAUCAUCCACGAACAGAUCUACCAUGAAGACACAAUGCACUCACCAUGGAUGCAUGACUCCAUACACGUCUUCUGUGCCAUCAGCGGCACAUCCGGUGAUGGAAGUUACUGUUCACUCAGACCCACUGCUGAAAUAUAAACAUAUCAGUCAUAUUU